CCUUAACCCAAACUUCCUCAUUUUAAUAAUCUGACGUAAGAUUUCUUCGACCAACACCCAAAUGGAGCACGCCCACAUAGGUUUACGGAAAGUAUAUAUAGACCGAAAACGUUGACCAAAAGUGUCAAGUUUUUAAGUUUCUCGAAGACACACAUCUUAGAGAAAAAUGGCAGCGACACAAUCCGUGGUUCUCGCCGUCGUGCUGUUUCUUCUUGUCACAGAGUCUAUAGCCACUUCUAAGGGAUGGGUGUCAAGAAGAAGAGGUAGAAGACGAUCCUCGGAAGAGUCGGAAGAGGAACCUACCCGCCCGCCGUGCCCCCCGGGACCAGCAGGACCCGCCGGCCCACCCGGCCCGAGAGGCCCGCCCGGAGCUAGAGGGAGCCCCGGUCUAAUGGGUGAAAAUGGAGAGCAGGGAAACCCGGGACCAAAGGGACAUCCGGGACUUCCAGGGCCGCAAGGGCCUAUGGGAGAAAAAGGUGAUCCUGGCCCUGUAGGACCAAUCGGACAGCCCGGCUUGCCAGGACUAAGAGGAGCCACUGGAGCUAUGGGAAUGCCAGGAAUCCAAGGUCCCCAAGGUGAAAGAGGUGAAUCGGGUGAAGCGGGACAGAGAGGUGAAAAGGGGCACCCCGGACCUGUUGGACCCAUAGGCCCACCCGGAAAGCCUGGCUUGCAGGGAGAACCCGGAGAGAAAGGGGUACCAGGAAUCCAGGGCCCCAUAGGUCCCCCAGGAAACUGCACAGUAGGACCGACUGGCCCGAGAGGAGAGAAAGGAGACCGGGGAGAGACGGGAAUGAUUGGGCCAGCUGGCCCAGUCGGACCUCCGGGAAUACAAGGGCCGUACGGCCUGCCCGGAAUUCCUGGACCAAAGGGGGACACAGGUCCUGCCGGUUCCCCGGGAAAGAUCAUCAUUUUCCUGCCCUAUCCGUCCGUCGGAAAGUCCAAGAACACUUCACAAAGUGACGACCACGCUGGGAGCCCUGACGUGCCAGAUGACCCGGCAGCCGACAGUUCCGCCAUUUUGACCGUCAUCCACAGCCAGACCAAGGACAUCCCACAAUGCCCCUGUGGCCUGACGGAAGUGUAUAACGGCUACAGCCUGGUGGAGCUAACGGGCAGCAACUUCCACCCGGAUCACCUCGGAUCUGCUAGGUCCUGUCUGCCCUACUUCAGCGUCUCGCCUGUCACGGUGUGCGGCGGGAAAGUCUGUACCGAACAGUCUACCCAGAAGACACUGUGGCUGACGUCAGGCGAGGCAUUGCCUACGUCAAAACACGUGACCGAUGACGUGAUGGCCUCGGCCGUCAGUCGGUGCACCGUGUGCCAGGCGCAUGCGCGGGUCAUCACCAUCCACAGUCAGAGAGACCAAGUUCCCGACUGCCCCACCGGAUAUAGGAGUGGCUGGACCGGAUACAGCUUCAAGAAGAAGACAGCGGAUACUGGAGUAAACGGCCCGUUUCUCGGAGACCCUGACUCCUGUCUGAGGAAGUACCUGGACAUUCCCGUGAUCCAGUGUGACGGCACCACGGGCACCUGCAGCCAGCCUGCGGGGCAGGGCGACUCCUGGCACCGAGCGUCUGACUCAGCCGACACGGUGGUCACCACACCGGCACCGGCACCUGCCAGCCGCUGUCGGGUCUGUGUGUUAGACGAGUGAGAACAUAAUGAGAAAAACAGGAUGUGAAACAUUUCAUCGUCGUCAUUGCUUUUAUCACAUUUUUUAGUCCAACAGCAGAAAUAGUAUAAGCUAAAUUUAGAAAGAGGCAUACAGGGGCAAAACUAAGUCAUGGAUAUAUGUCGUUGAUAGAUGCCAUUAUUUUACUCAUGCAUCAAAAACUACAUUGUAUGAUGUCGAGGUUACCUUCGCUUGAAUUAGUUAGCUCCCCUGUCGGCUAGAACAUGUACUGCAACGAAAUACCAAUAAUUAUCCGACACAUACUUUUUGUUGUGUAGGUUUUGAUCUAGCAAGAAUCAAGGCACAUUUUUCCUUAAUUGUUUCUAAAAAAAAUACCCUAGAAGAAAUAUAACUUUGUUUUGC